AUGCUUUUCAAGACGAAGCGAUCGGGAUUCGGAGGAAAAUAUGAGCUUGUGCUUUUAAUCCUCGCUCUUUCUGGCCUAAUUUACGAAGGAAUGUUUAUAUUACAUUUAUACCAAUUGAAAAAAUAUUGGAUUAUAGAUGUCUACUUAUCCAUAAGCAAUAAACUUAUCAUGCACAUCGCCUUUGUGGGCUACCUGACUCUGGGACUCCUCUACGCCGAUCUAAACAACUUUGUUUCCACCGAGUUCAAAUCCCAACUGGAGUCCCUAGAAGAGCAGCCCACGCGUCGGAAACUGAGGAAGGCUCGCAAGAGCUUGGACAAGUGUUUGACCCUUUACAAGGACCUGGAGGUCUUCUUCACCCAUCUCAAUCUCUACGAGUUUCGAGUGCGUCCUCUGGGCUUGUUUGACAUAUCCAACGAAUUGUUUUUAGAUUUUCUCUCUGCACUGAUCACCUAUCUCACUGUCGUCAUUCAGUAUGGAAUGCAGCUGGAGACUUUCUCCUUGUUAUUAUCAAAAAGGCUUAGUUAUAUAACUAAUUAA